AAGAUUCCAAUCCAAAAACCAGCUUGCUGUAUAUAUUUUUUCUUCACUUCUCCCCCUGUCACUCUCUCAGUCCCCCAACUUUCCCAACACAUUUUCCUUCUCCCCAAACGCUAUCCUCACCUUCUCUCACCUUCAGCUUCCCAUGAAAACUUCUCCUCUCUCCUUUUCUCAAUCCCUUUCCUCCAUUUUCACUCCACUCUCCACCAAUCAAAAUUCAGCCAAGCCAUUGCCUUCCUUGUGAAUUUGUAGUCUCAAUCCCGAGCUCAUGUUCUAGAUGAUUCUGUGCCGUUCCUGCUCAAAUUAGGGUUUCGAGCUAGAUUUCGACGACGCAAUGCCUUCAGGAGCCGACGAUGGGGCCCAAUACUCUUUUGCUAUAGAGUACAAGGGUCCUCCGGUCAAUUACGAUCUGCCCCGGGCAGUUCCGAUCAACGUCGAUAGAAUCCCGGUGGCGGCGGUGGUCGGACCGGUCUCGCUGCCUGAGAAACUCACCUUACCCGUGGUCCAGCCCGUACUGGCACCCAAAACCUUCUCCAAGGAGCUCAAAAAAUCUACAGUCUCUCCCACUUCCGUUUUCGAUCGAAGCAGCGAGGACGACACGAAGGAAUUGGAAGGCUCGGAAUCGACGGUUUCGCCGACUUCGGUGAUUGGAUUUGAGGAGAGAGUUGUGGAGAGUGGGGUUGGCUGUGCGUUGUCUGGUGAGUUGAGUAGCUCUGGUGCGUUGGAGUUUUCGAAUGGGUUAAAUUACAGGUCGGGUGAGUUUUCGGAUGUGAAUAAUGGUGGGAAGGAGAGUCUGGACUUCAAUAGCGAUUCGAAUCAACCCGAACCUGAUCCUGAUUGGGCCUCAACGGAGUCCGUUUUGAGCUUGGACUAUCCGUCGUCUCGGGUUUCAUCCAGUAAGGCCUUGGAUUGUGAUGUACGACGGCCUCCGCUUGUGACGUUUCGGGACAUUGAGUCUGAUGAUGGUGUUGAUGAAGAGGAAGCUGAGGUUGUACAGGCCAAGCGGGAACCUCAAAGCAAAGGGAAGAAGAAGACGUGCUAUCGGUGUUUUAAGGGGACCAGGUUCACUGAAAAAGAGGUUUGCAUUGUCUGUGAUGCCAAGUAUUGCAGUAGUUGUGUGCUUAGAGCAAUGGGGUCGAUGCCCGAAGGUAGAAAAUGUGUGACUUGCAUUGGGUUUCCUAUUGAUGAGUCUAAAAGAGGGUGCUUGGGAAAGUGCUCUAGAAUGCUCAGGCGGCUGUUGAAUGAUUUGGAGGUUCGACAGGUGAUGAAAGCUGAAAAGUUUUGUGAAGCAAAUCAGCUGCCGGCGGAUUAUAUUUGUGUGAAUGGACAGCCUCUUUGUCAUGAGGAGCUGGUUAUAUUGCAAACCUGCACAAAUCCACCAAAGAAGCUAAAACCAGGAAACUAUUGGUAUGAUAAAGUUUCUGGUCUUUGGGGAAAGGAAGGGCAGAAGCCUUCUAAGAUAAUUAGUCCCCAUCUUAGUGUUGGGGGUCCCAUCAAGACAAAUGCUAGCAAUGGAAACACACAGGUUUACAUAAAUGGUCGGGAAAUUACCAAAGUAGAGCUUCGGAUGUUGCAGUUGGCAGGGGUUCAGUGUGCUGGUAACCCACACUUUUGGGUGAAUGAGGAUGGGUCAUACCAAGAGGAGGGCCAGAAGAACACUAAAGGAUACAUAUGGGGAAAGGCUGGAACAAAGCUAGUAUGUGCUGUCUUGUCACUACCAGUCCCUUCUAAAUCUUCAAAUCCUUGCGGAGAACCCCUGAACUAUGUGGGUACCAGAGUCGUUCCUGAUUACAUUGAGCAGAGAAUACUUCAGAAGAUCCUUUUAGUUGGAUAUAAUGGUUCCGGAACAAGUACUAUAUUCAAACAGGCCAAGAUUCUAUAUAAAGCUAUCCCUUUCUUGGAGGAUGAGCGUGAAAAUAUCAAGUUCACAAUACAGAGCAAUGUGUAUGGCUACCUUGGUAUACUCCUUGAGGGCCGUGAGCGGUUUGAAGAGGAAUGUUUGGAUGAGAUGAGGAAACAAUGUUCUUCCAGUCAAACAGAUGCCAAUGCAGGGAAUAAUGACAAAACUCUUUACUCCAUUGGGCCGAGGCUGAAAGCAUUCUCUGAUUGGCUUCUCAAGACUAUGGUGUCAGGCAAUCUGGAAGCCAUUUUUCCAGCGGCUACUCGUGAAUAUGCACCAUUGGUUGAAGAGUUGUGGAAAGAUUCAGCCAUUCAGGCCACAUACAAGCGGAGAAGUGAAUUGGAAAUGCUACCUAGUGUUGCUACUUAUUUCUUAGAGAGGGCUGUGGACAUAUUAAGAACAGACUAUGAGCCCUCGGAUCUAGACAUCCUAUAUGCUGAAGGUGUAACUUCAUCUAAUGGGCUAGCUUGUGUGGACUUCUCAUUUCCCCACUCAGCAUCUGAAGAUAGCAUCAACACUAGUGAUCAGCAUGACUCUUUGCUUAGGUACCAACUUAUUAGAGUAAAUGCAAGAGGACUUGGAGAAAACUGCAAAUGGUUGGAGAUGUUUGAAGAUGUUGGAAUGGUCAUCUUCUGCGUGUCCUUGAGCGACUAUGAUCAGUUUUCUGCCGAUGGGAAUGGGUCUUUCACUAACAAGAUGUUGCUGAGCAGGACUUUCUUUGAAAGCAUUGUUACUCAUCCAACCUUCGAGCAGAUGGACUUCCUUUUGAUUCUAAACAAGUUUGAUUUGUUUGAGGAAAAGGUAGAACGGGUGCCGUUGAAUCAGUGUGACUGGUUUGACGAUUUUCAUCCAGUGAUUACCCGUCAUCGCUCGAAUAGCAACACCAGCAGCAACAACAUUAAUAGUAGCCCCUCAUUGGGUCAUCUAGCAUCCCACUACAUUGCAGCAAAGUUCAAGAGGCUCUAUUCUUCUCUAACAGGGAAGAAAUUGUACGCUUCCGUGGUUAAAGGCUUGCAGCCUGAUAGCGUGGACACAGCUCUUAAAUAUUCGAGGGAGAUUUUGAAAUGGGAUGAAGAGAGAGCCAAUUUCAGCUUUGAUUAUUCGGUCUAUAGCACUGAGGCAAGCUCCUUUUCACAUUGAUGUCAAAACUGAAAAGGCUUGUAAAUGAGUUUUACUUUAGUGUGACAUUUAUCAAUUCCACUGUGAAUAUAAUGGUUUGUAUAUGAGCAAUAGAAAAGAUCGUUGCCUUCAACCAGGCCUAGCA